AUGCUCAAGCGAUUGGCCUUCUACCGAAAAAGUAGCUCUUCGUUGAUCCGGUGGAUAGGUUAUGCUGGCUACCAUCAUGGUGGAGCGUCAGCUCGAGUUUUUGAAGAUAAAAAUUGGCUAGUACAGAGGCCAUCAUUGUCUAAUCUGCCGAAAACUGAGAUUUCACAAGCGACCUCAAUACAGUUUAAGUUCUCAGUUAACAAUUUCAAGUCUCCCUAUAGAAAUUUACAAUUCAAGGAUCUCCUGGACAAAUCAAUUCAGCAUAUGUACAAUGAAAAGGUAACGGCAGAGGGAGGAGAUUUAAAAAAUCAUACAUGGCUGAAACUUCGAGAUUACAUAUACCAGCAACUUGGGGAUUCUGAAAUCGAGAAGAAAGUGAAAGAUUACGAUCCUUCGUUGCAGCAAACCCUGAGACCAACUAAGCCGGGUUCAGUUAUUCCGCAAUUGAUGAAAUUAGAUCAAAUUGAUGACUCCACUUGGGCUCACAUACUGAGUAAGGAAGGUGAGAUAACCGCACAGGACAAAUUCUAUUAUAUUUUGUGCCAGAUGUUCGAUUAUAUUCACGACCAACAGACAGUUCCAAUGAUGACAAACACCCAAGAUACUAGUGGAUCGCACGAUGUAGAUAUUUCAAAUCCGACUGAAUGGUUUCCCGAGGCAAGGAAGAUGAAACGUCAUAUUAUAAUGCAUAUUGGGCCAACUAACUCCGGUAAGACUUACCAAGCACUUCAGAAACUUAAGAAGGCAGAUCGUGGUUACUAUGCUGGGCCUCUGAGAUUACUUGCAAGAGAAAUUUACGACAGAUUUCAGGAAGAAGGUGUACGAUGCAAUUUGCUGACAGGCGAAGAGGUUAUUCAGGACCUUGAUGUCGCAGGAAAUCCUGCAGGAAUCACAUCGGGAACUGUCGAAAUGGUACCUCUAACGCAAAAUUUUGAUGUUGUGGUUCUGGACGAAAUUCAGAUGAUGGCAGACUUGGACCGUGGUUGGGCCUGGACACAUGCUUUACUGGGCGCCAGAGCUCGUGAGAUACACGUUUGCGGUGAAAAGAGUACUUUACCAGUAAUCAGGAAGAUUGCGGAAAUGGCCGGUGAUAAAUUGACUGUGAAUGAGUAUGAGAGAUUGGGUCAGUUACAAGUAGAACCAAAAGCUUUAAAUAAAGGUCUCAAAAGUUUACGCAAAGGUGAUUGUGUUGUAGCAUUUUCGAAGAAGAAAAUUCUGGACUUGAAGCUUAAAAUCGAAAAGGAAACGAGUUUGAAAGUGGCCGUGAUUUAUGGAUCACUUCCUCCAGAGACAAGAAUCCAACAAGCCAAUCUUUUCAACACCGGUGAUUAUGACGUGCUGGUUGCGUCCGACGCGAUUGGUAUGGGACUUAACUUAUCAAUCGACAGGAUUGUCUUUACUACGAACGUUAAGUUUAAUGGAUUAGAAUUGGUAGAUUUGACGUCUUCCAAUAUCAAACAAAUCGGUGGUAGAGCUGGAAGGUUCAAAGCAAAUGCCGACGGCGGCGAAAUUCCCAAAGGCUAUAUUACGGCCCUCGACCCUCGAGUGCUUAAGUCGGUAAGGCAAGGGAUUGAAGCACCGAUCAAAUAUCUCAGCAGCGCAGUCAUAUGGCCUACAGACGUUAUUUGUGCUAGAAUUAUGAUCAAGUUCCCUCCCAAAACACCACCUAGUACGCUACUGAAGACCAUUGCACUGCAAUUGGAGCAAAGAUCGGACAGACUCUUUACACUUUCAGAUUUAAAGAACAGACUUAAUGUCCUGCAGGUCUUCGAACACAUGGACAGUAUACCAUUUUUAGAAAAACUUCGACUCAGUAACGCACCAGUCAAGGACCUAACGUUGGUCAAGAGAGCAUUUUACCAAUUCUGCCAAACCAUUGCCAAGAGACAAACAAGAGGUUUACUGUCAUACCCAUUCCCAUUCGAAGUUCUCGAUUAUCGAUGCAUCGCGGAUGAAAAAUUUACCUUGGAGCUCUAUGAAUCCCUUUAUAACAUCAUUAUGAUCUACUUCUGGCUGAGUAACAGAUAUCCGAGCUUCUUCAUCGACCUGGAGUCCGCAAGAGACAUGAAGUAUUUCUGUGAGAUGAUCAUUUUUGAGAAGCUCGAUCGCAUCAAGAAGAAUCCAUACGACAAAAAAAGACCCGGAAUAAAUUCCAUGGGAUCAAACUACUUACAACGAUCACCUAAUAAAAGGAGGACUACCAACAGAUACAGAAAAUAA